AUGAUGGAGCCCUCCAAGACUCAGGAUGUGGUCACUCCAGUCAAAGAUGAAGCGUCCCACGGUGGUCAUGACUCUCCGAAUUCAAUGGCCAAGGUCGUUGAGAAUGCGAAGUUGGCUGCUCAAAAAGAGCAGAAGAUGACCCUGUGGCAGGGAAUCAAACUCUACCCCAAAGCCGUUAUUUGGAGUGUCAUUAUCUCUACUACCAUUGCCAUGGAGGGCUAUGAUAUCUCGCUUGUCAAUAACUUUUACGCUUUUGAGCAAUUCAAUCGCAAAUACGGUGAACUGGGCUCUGAUGGAGAUUACCAGGUUCCUGCACGGUGGCAAUCCGGUUUGAGUAACGGUGCGUACGUCGGAGAAAUCAUCGGCCUUUUGAUCAACGGUUGGGCCUCUGAAAAAUUUGGAUACCGAUACACUGUCAUGACAUGUCUUGUCCUCAUCACCGCCUGGACCGCCAUCUUCUUUACGGCUCCGAACGUCCAAGCCUUACUUGCUGCUGAAAUCCUCGCCGGUAUACCCUGGGGUGUCUUCCAGACACUAUGCGUCACCUAUGCGUCCGAAGUCUGCCCGGUUGCACUGCGCAGCUACCUUACGACCUACGUUAACUUCUGCUGGGGCUUGGGACAACUAAUUGGUGUCGGCGUCAUCCGGGCUAUGAUCGAUCGUCACGACGAAUGGGCUUAUCGCAUCCCGUAUGGACUGCAAUGGAUGUGGCCGCUGCCACUCUUCAUCGGAAUUUGGCUAGCACCCGAAUCACCUUGGUGGCUAGUCCGGAAGGGUAAGACGCAGGAUGCGAAAAGAUCUUUACAACGAUUGACAAGUCCAAACGGAGACACCGAUUUUAAUGCGGACGAAACAGUCGCCAUGAUGGUCCACACCACAGCCUUAGAACAGAAGAUCACUACCGGCGCUAGCUAUCUGGACUGCUUUAGAGGAGUUGAUCUGCGUCGCACAGAAAUCGUCUGCAUGGUGUGGGCUAUUCAAAAUCUCAGUGGCAACUCGUUCUCCAACUACUCGACAUACUUUCUCCAGCAAGCAGGCCUCCCAGACAAAUCGGCAUAUUCGUUUGCGAUGGGGCAGUACGGCAUCAACAUGGUCGGUGUAUUCGGUGCGUGGUUCCUAAUGUCGUUGGGAGUCGGCCGCCGCAACCUCUACCUCUACGGCCUAUGUGGUCUCUGCGUCAUGCUGCUAGUUAUGGGCUUCCUUGGUCUAGUCCCAGAGGAGCAUCGGACUGAGUCCUCCCUCGCAACCGGGUCAAUGAUGCUUAUAUGGGCUUUGUUCUAUCAGUCAACGGUUGGAACUGUAGCCUACUCGCUCGUUGCGGAAAUCUCUACUCGUCGUUUGCAGAUCAAGACCGUUGUCCUCGGCCGUAUCCUGUAUAACAUUGUUGCCAUCAUCUGCGGCGUUCUAACGCCAUAUAUGGUAAACCCCACUGCGUGGGACUGGGGCAAUUUCGCCGGCCUUUUCUGGGGAGGCAUCUGCUUCCUGUGCAUCAUAUACACCUUCUUCCGCGUUCCCGAACCCAGCGGCCGCACUUUUGCCGAGCUCGACCUUCUCUUCGAGCGCCGAGUUGGUGCUCGCCAAUUUAAAAAUACACAAGUUGAUGUCUUUGAUGAGACGUUCGAGGGCCGAGUGGUGGAGGACUACCAAAACCAGAGGCGUGGGCCAACCGUUGAUGCAGAAAUGCAAGGUAGCGUGUUCUGA